CCCCACCUCCCUUCUCAGGAAGCUCGGGUCUCCCUGGGAUCUCAGCUGCCCUUGGGGGAGGCCUCUGAGCUGUGUGCCCUGCAGCUCGGCCAGCUUUCGGGGCGACAGGAGAGGGGUUCUGCGCCCCCCGCGUGGCGCGCUAAGCUCGGCAGGAGGGAGCGUCUCGGCGGAGGAGUGAGGAGGACGGGAGGGAGAGGCGCGCUAGAGCCUCGGUCCCGGGCGCCCUGGUCGGCCGCGGAGGAACUGCUGCCUCCAACAGGAAGCUGAAUAUCUCUGACAUGCCAUCGACCCUGCUUGGUGCGUGAGGCCCCUGCAUCCCGGUUCAUACAGGAAUCACAGGUGGGCUCAUUUCCUGGAGGCACAGCAGCCAGGUGUGUUGAAUGCAAAUUCAGCCACGGGCUAGGGAGCACUAACCAAAGCCUGCAGAAUGGACUUUGUCAUGAAGCAAGCCCUUGGAGGGGCCACCAAGGACAUGGGGAAGAUGCUGGGGGGAGAGGAGGAGAAGGACCCUGAUGCACAGAAGAAGGAGGAAGAGCGACAGGAGGCCCUGCGGCAGCAGGAGGAGGAGCGCAAGGCCAAGCAUGCCCGCAUGGAGGCCGAGCGUGAGAAGGUCCGGCAGCAGAUCCGAGACAAGUAUGGGCUGAAGAAGAAGGAAGAGAAGGAGGCAGAGGAGAAGGCAGCCCUGGAACAGCCCUGCGAGGGAAGCCUGACCCGACCCAAGAAGGCCAUCCCUGCAGGAUGUGGGGAUGAGGAGGAGGAGGAGGAAGAGAGCAUCCUGGACACAGUGCUCAAAUACCUGCCCGGGCCGCUGCAGGACAUGUUCAAGAAGUAAUCCAUCCCUACUGCCCCAUCCACCUUAUGACUUUUUUUGUUAUUGUUAGUCUUUUCUUUUUAUUCAGUUAAGUAUCAGUUCCAAAGGGGAAAACCUCAGUUGGCCUCUGCCCCCUUUCCCUAGCCAGGGGCGCCUCCCCUCUGUUCUCCCCUUCAUCCCAGGGCUUCUAGCCCUGUUCCACUCCCAAAUAGCCUGAAAGGGAAGACAGCUUUACUCCAGCAGGGGGCAUUGAACCCAGAACCAAAGGCACUGGGUGCCCCUCCAGAAGCCCGAGGUCUAUGUUAGUGUGGUGACCCCCCCAUACAUUCCUUCAUGCUCCCCACUGCCAGGAGGACCACUGUCCCCAGCCAGCCAAAGUAAUGACACAUUCCAGCCCUGCCCAGCAUGCUGACCAUUGGCCUCUGUCUGAAUCCCCAGUGGGAGUCCAGGUCAGGGCAGAGGCACUGAACGGCCCUGGCUCUGAGAAAGGCUGUUCACAGUGAGCCUGCCCUGAGAGGAUCGAGCUGGAUCUGGCCAGGUUAGAGUCUGGGCAAGAGGCUCGGGCUGUCCUUUUCCCUCUUCCUGGUGGCGUCUACCUAGGAGCACACCUCUCCCCAACCUACUUUAAAAAGUACGGCCCCUGCCAAGCUGCUCCCUCCAAAUGGAUCCUCUUUGGACUUCAGCACAUCUGUGGAGGAGCCUAGGGCAGGGAAACCCCUUAUUCUCCCUCAUCUGACUUAGGCCCUGGGACCCCACUGCCAGGCUAGGCCCCAGUUUGCCCAGCCAAGGGGCUGCCCAGGUCCCCAGAAAAUACUUGGAGCCAUCGGGCAGUGAUGGUCUGUGCCAUGGGACCCGUCAUUGGUACAGCCAGACUGCCCCCAUUCCUCUCAACCUUUCUUCCCUUCCAUGUCCUGUCCAUGUGCUUCCAAGUCCCCAUUGUCCCCAGGAGGACCCUUCUUGGUCAAAGCCCCAAGCAGCUGGGGAAAAGCCACUUCCCACCAGACGAAAGACUGUCCAUUCAUCCCACUGGCCAAGAAUCAGCUCUCCUCUGGGAUGGAUAAGACUGCCAUCUGUCCUCACACCCCACACUGUUGAGGCUGCCUGCUUUGUGACUUGUGUAGAAAUGGAACAGGGACAGAGGGGAAGGCACAAAAGAGAGACAAAUGUGUGAGUCCACGCACACACACGCACACACACACCACACACAUAAGUAUGGCAGGCCUCGUCCUGCAUCUGCGUAUGGUUAGAGUGUGGUGUCUCGAGACUGCAUGUGUGUUAGUCGUCAUGCCUCUUUGUCAGAGGUAGUUUCUCUGAUGUACCUUGUGUAUAUGUGUUUGUGGGUCGCGGCGUGCCUGAGCUUCAACCAUGUUCUCGGUGUGUGCCUGCCAUCUCAUGUGUUUAAAGAUUGCAUGUGGUAGCCUGUAUAUGCAUGUAUUUUCAAAAUGGCAUGUGUGUCAAGAGUGACAGUUACAUGCUAGAUACAGAAACGUCUGAGGGAACUGUCAGAUGGGCCAAGACAGGUGUUCACGUGUGUGGGUCUCAAACAGGUGUAUGUAUAAGUUGUGCUUGGCUAGCAAGAACCAGAAUAAGAUGCCUCCUCCUCACCCUGAGACCAUUAGUCCAGGUGGCCACAUCUGACAGGAGACCUUCCCCUUGGCCUAGAGUCCUCCCACCCUUGGGGGUUUCCUACCUGAGGUCCUCAGAAUUCUACUGGGACAGACCCAGGCAGUGCCCCAGGAAGCCAUGCUGGGCCCCUACCAGGGCCUAUCCCAAAAGUAGGGGCCCAGGAGGGGGCGACUUGCCCACUCCCGAAGCCUCUGUCCCACUGGCCCCCUUGCAUUCUGCAGGUUUUUCCAUUUUAGUGGACUUAUGCUUUGAUUUCAGAGAAGACGUGUGUCUUCCUGUCCGUUUCCAAUAGUUAAAGCCAUAUCAGUUAGACCGCAAUACUUUAAAGAGGAGACUAAACAAUCCAUAUGUUUAGGGAACCAGAAAAGUCCCCUGGUCUGUCCCCUCUCUAAGGAGCAGGGCCUCGGCAGCUCCAGCUCCUGGGACAUACCCUUCUCCCCCAUCCCCUUGUACCCCUGUGUCAUCCCACAGGGCCAGUGUUUGUGUCUGUGUCUGUGAUGGGGAGCCAUCUUGCACCCCUGUUGUCUGCUUGUUUCCCUCUUCUAUCCUGGGCAGGAUGGUCACUCUCAAAUGCAUUGGGGUCCAGGGUCAGAGACAAGCAGGAGCGAGUCCAGGGGCCCCAGGCUUCCUUAAACCCUGAGUAAGACUCCCACCUGGACACGGGAUGGAUACCAGGGUUAGGAUAGGCCUUCCCUGUGACAGAGACUCUUAGGCCUCAAUAUGGCAGGACACAGAGCACCAGAAGGGCAGUAGAGACCAAGACCCAGGGACCUGCAGGUAAGCAAGAGAACCCAGCCAUGCAAGAUAACCCUCAUGGGCCUGAGGUAAUCCAGACCCUUCUGCUGGUUCUGGAUUUCCAUGGCCCCUCUGGAUACCCAGAGUAGGAUCAGGGCUUUCUAUCUCCACCCACAGUCCUUCAAGCUGGGCUGGCUUAGCCUAGGUCUAAGUCUCCUCUUUUCCAUGCCCAGACAGCAGAUUUUGAGGCCUUUUGGAGGUGCAGGCAAGAGAGAGAAUUUCUACUUGGUAUAGAUCUCAUUCCACCCACACAAAGCCCAGGAGGAUAUAACGAUUGACAUCUCUGACACAGACCUGACUAUGGGGAGGAAACAAUGGGUUAAAAGAUGCUAUGUCCUCUUGGGAGGACAAAACAUGGGUCUGUGAGCAGGGGAAGGGAUGUUUGUUCACCUGAUGUGCCUAGAGCAGGAGGUGUGUGUGCAUCCCAUGGAAUAAGCAGAUGAGUAUAUCAUACAGAAAUGUGAUAUGCAAGUAACACACUGAAAAGAGGCUCCAGAAUUCAUGCACAUGAGCACACACAUGGAUGCAAGCAUGUGCACACGUGUGUACGCGCGCACAUAAACACACACACAGCAUGGUGGGUGGCUGGAGAUAGAAUGAGGUAGACCACUGACAUGGGCACGUGAACCUUUGGGGAAAGCCACCAGGCCCCUGCACCUGGGACUCCCCAUCAGAGAGAACAAGGGCAUUCCCUGGGUCUCUGUGGUGAUGACACAGGGGUUUCCAAAAUGCACGCCCUCCAUUUCAGCUCCAAAGCACUGGAGGGCGAGUCCUUGGCAGAGAAGCUUCAGGAGCACCUCCUUCAGUGGAGCCGAGAGGUCUGUAGGCCAUCCUAGGCACGUGAGAGAGAGAAAAUGAGAGAGCGGUACAGAGACAGAUGUGUUGCAGCCCAGAGCCCCCCCCCCACACACACACACACCGUGGGGUAGCUGGUGGGCAAACCAGCAACCCUAAAGACUUGAGGAUAGAGUAAGGAUGGCAUGGGAGUUCCAGCCCCAAGGGCUAGCACCCAGCUGGCAAGGGUGCUCACCACAGCACCUUGUUCCAUCUUUCUAAGGUUUAGCCAGCUCGUGACUGAACUGGGAGGCCUGGGAAAUCAGACUGGCUCCCAAGGGGGCUGUCUCCCUGGUCUAAGGGUAUGGUAUGCCUCCCAGAAAAUGUCCUCUGCUCUCGUCCCUAUUCCUAUAGCCCUACCCUUUUCACCAGGGAGAAAACAGAGGUGCUCCUCCUGGCCCCAGGAUGGAGGUGGGUUCUCCUGAGACCCAGGGGAGAUGGACCAUCCUGCUCAUGUAGGGGAUCCCCUUUCCCACAAUUGUGCUCUGUCCUUGUUGCUCUGCUUCUUUUAAAUGUGUCAGUAUCUGGGGGAGGGGAGGGCCACCCCCUGCACUCCCUUGAACCUGACCAAAAGCCAUGGCUGUGCUCCCCACUUUGUAUGAUGCAAAUGCUAAGAUGUACAAAACCAACCAUGACAACAAAGAAAAAGACCUUGUACAGCA